CAGCUCCGGAUGCUCGCCAUGGAUGCCGUCCACGUCGACCACCUCACUUUCGCCCAUACAAACACCCCGCCUGCCCUCGAGAACGUGAACAUUCACCUUCCGCCGGGCUCGCGCACCAUCCUCGUCGGCGCCAACGGAGCCGGCAAGUCCACAUUGCUUCAGAUCCUUGCUGGCAAGCGCCUUGUCACCGCCCCCGGCGCCGUCAUCCAGAUCAAGGACCGCGAUGUCUUCCGCAACACGCCUGAGGGCGUCACCUUCCUCGGCACCGAGUGGGCUAUGAACCCCGUUGUGCGAGGCGACAUCGUGGUAUCGCAUUUUCUCGACUCGAUUGGCGGGUACCGCCACAAGGAGCGCCGGGAUCGUCUCCUUGAUAUUCUUGAUGUUGACCUCGAUUGGCACAUGCACGCCAUAUCAGACGGCGAGCGCCGACGGGUGCAGUUGGUGAUGGGUCUCAUGGCGCCUUGGGACGUGCUUCUCCUCGACGAGGUCACCGUCGAUCUGGACGUGCUCGUCAGAGAUAACCUCCUCUCCUUCCUCAGGGAGGAGUGCGAAACGCGGAAUGCCACUAUUCUCUACGCGACGCAUAUAUUCGAUGGCCUCGACACAUUCCCAACUCACGUUGCGCACAUGCGCUUUGGGACGAUGGUCACUGAACCUACGCCUUGGCCGCUUCCUUCCGAUCCAUCUUCAGGUACAAGCCCCAGCAAGGGCUCCUCGCUUUACGCCCUGGCCCUUCAGUGGCUCAGCGAAGACCGCGAGUAUCGUCGUGCUCUCGAAAAGCAGGGCCGGAAAACGCGUGGCGCCAAGGCUGACCAGGGUGUUCCCACCGACUCAGAGACAUUCUACCGCAAAUACGACUACAGCCAUUAAUACCGAGAGAUCGCAGUGGCGUGUCUCUCGCCAGAGACUGCCUCCGUUCCAAAUCAAAGUUAGCCACUAACGCGCAUUCCAAAUUCACGUGCAAUUUCCGUGCAUUCAUGUGCAUAUCUCAUCAUAUGCAAGCCGCCUUUCCAUACCUGUAAACCAUUUCAACACGGACACGGAGAGUUCAUCCUCGCAUUGGUAUAGAAUACUGUAAUCCCAACAGGUUCAACACUUGUAUCCAUAGCACAUUCAACCGUAAUAGAUGGCUUCCCAUGGC